CAACUGUGUGUCGGAGAAAGCCGAACGGUUCGCGAUCUCGCACGACCACGUGGACUUCCCAAGUUCAAUGAAAUGCGAUCUGAAGUUUUGAAAAGAACUCGUGGAAUUGAAUAAAAUGAAGAAAGAGAUUAACUCUACUAUUCCUGAGAACGACAUCCCCCCGGAAGUGUGGGCGAUUUUACACGAAUUCCUGCUGGGAAUUAAAGACCCCGAAUUGGACCUGAGGGAACCUCACUUGAAGACGGUUUUCUCGAGAAUAUAUCCCUUCAUCAUUUUUAUUUAUGCUCUCCUGGUGGUUGCCGGGCUCUUCGGAAAUUUGACAGUUUUUGUGUAUAUUAUUCGUCAUAAACUGUACAGUGAAGAGACCUACACUUUUUUGCUGAACAACGUUAUCAGUGAUAUUAUAAAAUGUGUGGUGGUCCUGCCAAUUUCUUUGUAUGUGUUAAUCAUUCAAAACUGGGUACUGGGUGAAUUGCUAUGUUCGUUUUUGCCGAUGAUUCAAGACAUUCCACUGCACACCUCGACGCUGACAUUCCUGCUGUUAGCAUGGGAUAGAUUCCGAUUCAUUAGAAACCCGAAUACAUCUCGAUUACCAGCUCUUGUUUGUACAAUCGGAACGUGGCUAACGUCGGGUUGCCUAGUUCUGCCGUACCCGAUAUACAUCAUUUACAUCGAUUUAGGGAAAUACUCGAAAAUGAAUAUAUUCCAAGGGGUUGGAGUUUGCACAGUGAAUUUGGCAGAUGAUAUGAAGGAAUACAUGAGAGGAAUAUUUCUCAUUAUGUACGCUGCCCCUUUGGCUACCAUUUCGUAUUUGUUCAUUCGAAUAUCCCGAGAACUCGCAACACAAAGCUCUUCGGCGGUGAUAACGUUCCAGUCCCGGUGCAAAGAAAAAGGCGGCCGACCCAGGACUGACUCGCACUCGACGACAGUGGAAUUCCGGAAUGCUCGAGGAAAAUUCGACCGUUCAAGCCAAUACAGCAGAAGCAGCUGCAGUGACUACGACCCCAGCAGGGCUCACUACGAAGUUCACGAUCCUGACCUCAACGUAGCCAAAGAGAUGAGAACACAAAAAUUCCUGGUCACAAUGAUCACAACGUAUGGCAUUUGCUUAUGUCCUUUGAUGAUCCUCCGUCUAGCAAGGCUGGCUCUCAUAGAGACUUACGACAACAGCGGCCAUUUUGAUAUAACGUUCGCUAUUUUCGUAUGGAUCGCUUUCCUGCCGACCUGUUCCACUCCUUUGCUCUUUGCCGUGUGGCAGAUAAACGGGUCGAGGAUGGAGCGGUUGCGGGGAUACUUCCGGUUCAGCAAUCAGAAGUUUCGACAGUCCUGCGAGACGGUGACAACCGCAGCAGGGACGCCUGCUGCUCACCGAUCCAGGCGGUGCCAGCAUAGCCAGCUGCAGGACGAGGGCAUAUCCGACACAAACAGCUUCACUUGAUGGAACAGCUUGCGCAG